AUGAACCAUGCACUCACCUUCUUUUUUCAACUCUUUGAUGUCUUAUUGCUCCACUUGUUUUUACAAGAUGAUGAUACUUGAUAAAGAAGCCUGCGGCGGUGCUGCUGCUCUAAAUCUACCAAUAACAAGACCGAGAGCUUCCUCCUCCUCCUCCUCCUCCAUGCCUCAAAACAGGGUCUUAUUGUUUCUUCUACUUCUAGUUAUACAAUUACAAUUAUUCUGUCCUUGCUACGCUGCUGUGGCCUGCAACCAAAAUGAUCGUGACUCUCUCUUGUCUUUCUUUUCAAACAUAUCAUCAUCAUCAUCCUCGUUGAAUUGGUCUUCUUCUAUUGACUGCUGUCUAUGGGAUGGAGUUGAUUGUGAUGCUGAAGAUGGUCGUGUCACCCAUCUCCGUCUACCCUUUAGAGGCCUCACUGCCACUCUCUCCCCUUCUCUUGCAAACCUCACCCGCCUUUCUCACCUUGAUCUCUCACAUAAUCGCCUCUUUGGUCGAAUCCCCACCUCUUUCUUCUUCUCCCUCAAUCACCUCCUCGUUCUUGAUCUCAGUUUCAAUCUUCUUUCUGGUCAAUUACCAACCAACCACUUGGACAAUAAUAUCACUGCUAUUGACAUCCAAAAUUUGGAUUUGUCCAGCAAUUAUUUUGAGGGGUCAAUCCCAUCUAUUUCAUUCCUCCAGACAGCUUGGAGUCUCACCACUUUUAAUAUCAGCAACAAUAGUUUCACAGGCCCAAUCCCUUCUUAUUUAUGCUCUGAUUUUUCACGCUCCCUCAGACAGUUGGAUUUCUCUUACAAUGAUUUCAGUAAUCAAAUUCCCUCUGGACUAGGCCAGUGUUCCCAGUUGGAGAUCCUUCGAGCAGGUUUCAACAAUCUCUCAGGAGCAGUUCCUCGACACAUUUACAGUAUUGCCUCACUGCAACAACUUUCCUUAGCAAUCAAUCACCUUUCUGGACCCAUUCAUGAUUCCAUCGUCAAUCUCUCCAACCUCAGAGUCCUUGAGCUCUAUUCUAAUGAAUUCACUGGCUUGAUCCCCAAGGAUAUUGGUAAGCUCUCCAACUUGGAAAAACUUCUCCUUCACAUUAAUAACCUCACUGGUUCUCUGCCUCCAUCUCUCAUGAACUGCAUCAAACUCACAACAUUAAAUUUGCGGGUCAACAAUUUGGAAGGAAAUCUUUCUGCCUUUAAUUUCUCCUCACUCAUCUAUCUUAACACCCUUGACCUUGGUAAUAAUCAGUUUACAGGUAUCUUGCCACCAAGUCUUUAUUCAUGCAAGUCUCUGACUGCUGUUAGACUGGCAAGUAACCAGCUAGAGGGACAGAUUUUGCCUGAUAUACUUGCACUGCAAUCUCUUUCUUUCCUCUCUGUUUCUAACAACCGCUUAACCAAUAUAACUGGGGCAAUAAGGAAUCCAAUGGGCUGCAAGAAUCUCACUACUUUCAUCAUGUCAAAGAACUUCUUUAAUGAACCAAUACCGCAUGAUGAAAAUUUAGUGGCCUCUGAUGGAUUCCAAAAUCUUCAGGUUUUGGGACUGGGUGGUUGCCAAUUUACUGGUCAAGUGCCCAACUGGCUAGCUAAACUCAAGAAACUUGAGGUCUUGGACCUGUCUGUAAAUCGAAUUUCAGGUUCGAUUCCUGGUUGGUUGGGUAAUUUAACAAACCUUUUCUACAUAGAUUUCUCUCAGAACUUCCUGUCAGGAGAAUUCCCCAAGGAUCUUACAAGAUUGACUGCGCUAGCAUCUCAAGAGGCUAAUGAUAAAGUGGACCGAAGUUAUCUAGAGUUGCCUGUAUUUGUUAUGCCCAACAAUGCAACCAAUCAGCAGUACAAUCAGCUAUCAAACCUGCCACCAGCUAUAUACCUGAGAAACAACAGCCUCACUGGAAGUAUACCAGUUGAGAUCGGCCAAUUGAAAGUUCUUCAUGUAUUGGACCUUAGUCAAAACAAGCUCUCUGGCAACAUUCCCGAUGGACUAUCAAAUCUCACUAACUUGGAGAUAUUGGACCUUUCUGUAAACCGUCUAUCUGGAGAGAUCCCUACAUCACUGAGGAGUCUUCACUUCUUGUCUUCAUUCAAUGUGGCAGCAAAUAAUCUUCAAGGACCGAUUCCUUCUGGAGGUCAGUUUGAUACCUUCCUAUCCUCGAGCUUUGAUGGGAACCCAUCAUUGUGUGGUUCAAUUGUGCAACGCUCUUGCCCUAAUCCACCAGGUCCCACCCCUCCUACUGCAUCUCAUAAAAGCACAAACAUAAAACUUCUUGUUGGACUAGUCAUUGGUAUCUGCUUUGGCACUGGUUUAAUAAUUACUAUGUUAGCAUUGUUGAUACUCUCCAAGAGAAGGAUCAUUCCAAGAGGGGACCCUGACAAGGUUGAAUGGGAUGCUAUUUCUAGCAAUUCUAAUUUUGGGGUUUCUCCUGAGGUUGACAAGGAUACUAGCUUAGUCAUAUUGUUCCAAAACAAUACUAAUGAAGUCAAAGAUCUUACAAUAUCCGAACUCUUGAAAGCCACUGAUAAUUUCAGUCAAGCCAACAUCGUUGGCUGUGGGGGUUUUGGUUUGGUUUAUAAAGCAACACUGGCAAAUGGGACCAAGCUAGCUGUUAAGAAACUCUCUGGAGACUUGGGUCUGAUGGAAAGGGAAUUCAGAGCAGAGGUGGAGGCUCUGUCCACUGCACAACACAAGAACCUGGUUUCUCUGCAAGGCUAUUGUGUGCAUGAAGGUUAUCGGCUUCUAAUAUAUUCCUACAUGGAGAACGGAAGUUUGGAUUACUGGCUGCAUGAGAAACCUGAUGGUGCAUCUCAGUUAGACUGGCCAACUCGGCUGAAAAUUGCAAGGGGAACAAGUUGUGGGCUCGCUUACCUGCACCAGAUAUGUGAGCCACACAUAGUGCAUCGUGACAUCAAGUCUAGCAACAUCCUUCUUGAUGACAAGUUUGAAGCACACCUAGCAGAUUUUGGAUUGUCAAGAUUGAUUCUUCCUUAUCACACACAAGUUACAACUGAGCUUGUUGGUACCUUGGGCUACAUUCCUCCAGAAUAUGGGCAAGCAUGGGUAGCCACUUUGAGAGGAGACAUGUACAGUUUUGGUGUUGUCAUGCUUGAGCUGCUCACCGGGAAGAGGCCUGUGGAGGUAUUCAAGCCAAAGCUGUCGAGAGAAUUGGUUGGGUGGGUGCAGCAAAUGAGAAGCGAGGGCAAACAAGAUCAGGUCUUCGAUCCUAUCAUCAGAGGAAAGGGCUUUGAUGAAGAGAUGUUGCAGGUGCUAGACGUUGCCUGCAUGUGCGUAAGCCAAAACCCUUCCAAGAGACCAACGAUCAAGGAAGUUGUUGAGUGGCUAAAGAAUGUAGGAGUAACCCACAGAAAUGAAAACAAAGGCUGUUAGAUAAUGCCCCUCGGCACAGAUAUGUGAUAUACUCUUGCACAGGAUAUAUGGAUUUAUUAAAGCAAAUUUUCUCUUCAUUCCACCAAUGUAAAUGUAAUUAAUCAUAUAAUUUUGCUUUAGUGAUGUACAAAGGAAGAACUUGAGUUCAAGGAAGCUUUUGAGCUUUUCCUCCUAUCCCUAUAUUUUACAUGGACUUGGUGGUCAUACCAUUUAUGACUGAAUGGUUAAACACUUGUCAACUCGUUGUAUGUGAAAACUACAAUUUACCAUCUUUUCUAUCUAUGUCUACAACCAAGG